AUGAAUCCGUCUGAAGAAUCAACUAUCAAUGUGGAGAUUAGGAGAUCUCGCAAUAAAACUGAGACAAAAUGCAAGUCUCAAAGUCCGUAAGUAAAGCCAUAAUUUAUAUAAUCAUAAUUACAACAUAAAAAAAGUAAAACAAAGGAAAGAUAAUAAUAAAAUUAAGAGUCAUUACCUAAUGUAACUAAAAAAUUGAACCCUAAAUCAACUAGUUUUUCCAAAAAGAGAAAUCAAUUCAAACCAGCUCCUUAAGAGUUUUGUUUAAAAGUAAAUAAAUAAGUUUAAGUCAAAUAGUAUUUUGUUGGUUGGGGCAAUAAUGAGGCUUUAGUAAAACGGGUCAUGUCUAAAAGGACCCAAUGGAAAGAAACAACUGACUCUAGUUCAAUGUUUGUAAAUUUUAAAUGGCAACAAAACGAAAGGGGCUAUAGAUAUGAAAGAUUGAUAGUUAGUUAAAAUUAUAAAUAACUUGUUAAUCAUUUUGAACAUCACAAGGAAAUUUCAAAUAAAUCUGAUUUGAUUAAAAAUCUAUCUUAAUACUGCGAAGUAAAUAUAUCUAUUUAGUUAUUAGAAACAUAAACUGAAUGUGUUUGAUUACAGCCCAUUAACAUUUGUGAUUGAUUUCAGUGAUGAAAAUUGCGACUACAAUAUCACUUAAUUCCUCAAGACUUACGAGCAAUUCGCACCCAAGAAGCCUACAGCAAAACAGAUGUUAGACGUUAAGAGAAGAUUAAGGGGAAAUUUUACUAAUGCUUACUAAAGAGAUUCAAGUUCUUAGUUUUAAAAAAUUCAAAUGAAUAAUACAUUUUUAUCUGAAGAUUCCCCCUAUAUGUGGUUAUUAAAGCCUACUUUUUUAAAUCGAGGAAGAGGGAUUUAAAUAUUUGAUAACUUAGAAACUUUAGUUAAGUUGGUAUCUGAUUUUUAAGAAGGGUUGAAAGAAAAGACUUUGAAUCAGAAGGACGGAUCUUCGGGAGAAGAAGAUCCUCCUAAACAGGUAUAAAGUGCGUAAGGAACAACUAAAAAGGAUCCAAAUUAAUACAUUCGGCAAUAACCAUCAGGACCUUGUAUUAUAAAAUCGCAUUCUUUUGUUAUUUAAAAAUACAUUGAAAGACCAGCGUUGAUUAAUAAAAGAAAGUUCGAUAUUAGAGUUUGGGGAUUAGUAACGCAUGAGUUGGAUGCAUAUUUCUUUUAGGAAGGAUAUAUUAGAACGUCUUCUGAAGAUUUCACCUAUAAUAUUGAGAAUACUUUUGUUCAUUUAACAAACAAUGCUAUUUAAAAGUAUUCGAAGAAUUAUGGAGAAUUUGAGGAUGGUAAUUAACUGUCCUUUAAGAACUAUUAGGAUUAUUUAAAAUCAUAGAAUAUUGCUUGCAACGUUUAGGAUGUAAAUUUAUCAUUAAUUUCAGAUUAUAAAUAAAAUGAAAGAAAGAAUUUGGAUGGUCUUUAAUUCUGUACGCAGCAAGAUUAAUUUUGAAGAUAGAAAGUAUUGCUUUGAGAUUUUUGGAUUUGAUUUCAUCUUAGAUUCUGAUUAGGAAGUUUGGUUAAUUGAGGUCAAUACUAAUCCGUGUAUAGAAGAGUCAAGUCCAUUAUUAAAAAUGUAUAUUCCUCGUAUGUUAGAUGAUGCAUUCAAAUUAACUCUUGAUAUCUUAUUUCCUCCUUAAUAGCCUCAUAAAUAAUCUUUGCCAUAAAUUUGUAAUUAUCAAUUCUAAUUCAAGCUCAACUCCCUUAAAUCAAGGAAGAAUCUCAUUCUGAGUAUCCAGUGAUUGGCUAUCCGAAUGAUGAGAAUAUGUGGAUGCUAUUGGGUUCAUUAAAUGAUAGGAAAGUAAAGAAAAAGAAAUGAUUAAAUAUACUAUUUAAAUUAUUUUAGAUUUCCCAAAAAAUGUUUAAUCCUUCUGGUCCCAAAGACAAGCCCUUAUGUAUGGAAUUUUAGAAAGAUAUUUGCAUGAAGCUUUAAUGUCCUUUAGAACACAAAUAUUGGCCUUGCCCUGAUUAUGACAAAGGAUUUUGUUAUUUGGGUUCUUCAUGUGAUAAGUUAAAAUUGUAUCAAAACUUUUAGAAAACACAUAGUAAGAAAAUUAUGUAUGGAUUAUGUCUAUGGAUUCUGUAAGGAUGGACCUGAAUGCAAAAUGCAACAUGUCAAAUUAUUUGACUUGAAUGACAGAACAUAAGAACUCAGAUUUACAGAAAAAUUUUAUUCCAAAUUAAAACAAGAAUAAGCUACAUUCAAAUAAAGCGAAAUAAAUGUUAAACCAGUUAUUUGCAAGUCUUGUCAGGAAGUUGGUCAUAAAUCAAAUGUCUGCAAAAAAACCUUAAGGUUAAGUCCAAAUAGAAAAAUUUUAUGCGGUAUAUGUGAAACUGAACAUACGAUAUUUGAUUAAGGCAAAAAAUUAGAUUGCCAAUACAAAAUCUCAUAGUCAUAAUAAUAAUUAUUGUUUUUACAAUAAUCUUCAGAAUAAUGA